CACUGUUAAAUUGCAGAUGCAUGCCGAUAAACUUACUCACACAUUACGUUGUGAAUCUCACCCAAAUUCCCUUCGGAAACUGCCUGUAAUACUUGGACCAAGCUGCAGAAGGGCAGUACAUCAAAAGGCGUCGUUUCCACACGGACAACAUUUUAUGCAGCACAAGUAAUUUUGUGUAUAAGUUAAAGGUGGGUUUUAAACCUCGGAGUUUCAGUGUUUGUAACUGGAAUGUGUGAGUAAACAGUUUUGCAGCACAUACCGUUCGUAUACAAACAAUCAGCUAAACCAUGCGAUUACUUUUUAAAGCAUGCUGCGGUACAGUUGCGUUGCGUCAUAGUAGGCGCUAUUUAAGAAAGAAUUACUUUGGAAUACUAAGAACGAGUGAUUAAAGUAGCAGCUGGGGAGACACUUCAGAUGGAAGUGCCUAAUUAAGAACUCCCCAACUACAAACACAUUUAUGUGAUAUAAUUCAGAAGACCAACAAUAAAAAAAAAAAGAAAUGUCCAGUAGUCUCUGGAUAGAGAUAAAGUCAGCCUUGCCAGCCUCCAAAGCAGAGUUUGCAUUGGACUUCAGCGAGAAGAUAGACUCUAGCCUGGUCUCCCUGCUUCUGCAAGCCAGGGAGUUGCUGUAUGAGGGUGCAGACGCUGCUGCAGAAUGCCUGCAGACCAGUCAGAUCAUUCUCGACUACUCCUGGGAGAAGCUGAACACGGGGACGUGGAGGGAUGUGGAUAAGGAGUGGAGGAGGGUUUACUCGCACGGCUGCCUCUUUAAGGCAGCAUGUCUCUGUCAGUCAGGGGCAUCCCAGGACAGUGUUGCUGAAGCCAUCAAGACCUGUGAUCUGGGACUGUUGAUGGGAGCUGCAAUAAUGGACAACGUCCUUGGAAGACUGAUCAACGUCCUACAGAAACAUGUUCCUGGGAGAAAGAGGGCAUUGCAUGAUGAAGACCUCGAUGAAAGCAGGAAGAAACCAAGGACAGAAUCUGUUGUGACACCAGGAAUUAAACCAGAAGCAGCAGUUUCCAGGAUUCAUUGCCCUUCGCUGGAGCACUUCAGAACAAAUUACUUGAUUCCUCAGAAGCCUGUUAUAGUACAAGGCAUCAUAGAGCACUGGCCGGCCUUAAAGGAGCGUCAAUGGAGCAUUGGCUACAUCCGACAGGCAGCCGGGUGUCGGACUGUCCCUGUUGAACUGGGCUCCAGAUACACUGAUGAAGAAUGGUCACAGACACUGCUGACAGUGAAUGACUUCAUAGACAAAUACAUUCUCUGCCAGGACGGAGAGCGCUGCAUGGGAUACUUGGCUCAACAUCAGCUGUUUGAUCAGAUACCGGAACUGAAGCGGGACAUCUGUAUUCCAGACUACUGCUGCCUGGGGGAAGGAGAUGAAGAGGACAUAACUAUAAACGCCUGGUUUGGGCCAGGAGGGACUGUCUCUCCCCUGCACCAGGAUCCCCAGAACAACUUUUUAGCACAGGUAGUCGGAAGCAAGUAUAUUCGCUUGUACUCUCCAGAUGAAACUGAGAAGUUGUAUCCCCACCAGAGUCAGCUGCUUCACAAUACUAGCCAGGUGGAGGUUGAAAACCCAGAUUUGCAGCGGUUUCCAGAUUUUGCGAAGGCCCAGUUUCAGGAGUGUGUUCUCCACCCAGGAGAAGUUCUUUUUAUCCCUGUGAAGUAUUGGCAUUAUGUGCGAUCCCUUGAUAUCAGCUUCUCUGUCAGUUUUUGGUGGUCUUGACAAACACUACUAAGACAAAAUAGUGGUUCGUUAAUUUGUCCACAGGGGUGGUAUUUACCAAAUACAUGAAAACACAUUUACUGUGUUUCAUCUUUGACCUUUGUUUAAACUUCUGUAAGAGGGGCUCUUUGGGGACAGUUAUUGGUGUAAUAAAAUAAUUAUAGUCAGCUUUCAGUUGGUCUAUUAACUUGCACAAGGGCUGCUUGCCUGUCAAGGCCUGUUAAUUGCUGGGCCAUAAAAAAAACAGUUGGGAGUCCUUGUGGCUGGCUUGAGGAGAUUUAAAAGUGUUUGACCCCUUGCAGAUUUAAAAGCGUUUGACCCCUUGCA